AUGGCUGACAUGCCCUUCUUCAGCGUGAAGGAUGCGCUGUAUGCUGUUUUGGGCCUUGCGGGUCUUGCUCUGGCUCUCCCGGUGAUUUUCGUCGCGCAUCAGCUGCUUCUGUCGCUGUAUCGCAUGACCAUCGGUGAGAUGAUUCACCCAUGGAGGCAUAUCCCGAAGGUGAAGAGCACGGAUCCUUUGAAGAUUUUGUUUGGUGAUUUCCGUGCUAUCAAGAAGGCUGAGCCUGGUGAGCAGCACGUCAAGUGGAUGAACGAGCUGGGUCCUGUGUACCGCUACCACCACACCUUCAACGUGCCGCGUGUGCUACUUGCUGACCCGAAAGCCCUGCUUCAUGUUCUGAGCCCAUCUCGUGCGUACCAGUACCCCAAGCCUGAGUACACGAGUACUUUCUUGCGCAGCGUGCUGGGUGACGGUCUUGUGUCGAUCGACGGUCAGAACCAUGCACGUCAGCGCAAGAUUAUUGCUCCUGCAUUUGCUCCGAGUGUCGUGAAGGACUUUCAGCCCGCUGUGCAUCGUCACGCUCACAAGCUGGUGAAGAAGCUGCAGGCUAUUACGCGUCAGGAAAUUGAUCGCCACACGGGCAAAAUCCCCAAGGAUACGGAGAUUACCGGUCAGGCUCCUUCGGAUCGUGACGUGGCUCUGGCGCAUCCCGAGAACCAGGCCGUAGUGGAUGUGCUGUUUUGGCUUUCUCGUACGACGCUGGACAUCAUUGGCGAGAUCGGCUUUGACUUUGACUUCCAGUCGCUCGAGCAUGGUAACAAGGACCGUUUGGCUGGUGCGAUGAACACGCUGAUGGAGGCUGUGCUGAAUGUGGACAUGGCGGUGGCGCUGUACCUGAUUCUUUCGGAGAAGCCCAGCAUGAGUUGGCUGCGCAAGAUCCCUACGAAGCGCAGCACGACGAUCCACAACGCCAGGGCCAUUGUGGAUGAGCAAGCUGCCAUCAUUGUGGAGCGCCUGCGCAACGAUAUUCUGUCUGAGAACCAGGGUGUGUCGAAGGACAGCUUUGAUGAUGACACGUCCGGCAGGAACAAGUCGCUUGUGUCGCGCAUGAUUCGUGCGAACAUGGCGACGGACCUCAAGGCGUCGGAGCGCAUGUCGAACGAGGAAUUGAUGGGUCAGAUGACGACGCUGAUUAUUGCUGGUCAUGAGACGACAGCUACGCAGAACAGCUGGGCAUUGUGGCUGCUCGCCAUGAAUCCCGACGUGCAGGAGCGUCUCCGCAAGGAGGUGCAGGAGGCGCAUGCUAAGGAGAUGGCUGAGCUUGACUCGCUGUCGGAGGAGGAGCGUGAGAUCUACAACACGCAGCCGGUGCGUGAUAUUUACUCGCUGCACUACCUCGACAACGUUGUGAAGGAGUCGAUCCGUAUGAUGCCCUCGAUUCCCAGCACGAUCCGUGUGGCUUUGAAGGAUGAUGUGGUGCCGCUUUCGCGCUCGUACAAGCGUGCUGACGGCAAGGGCACGUACAACUCGAUCGUGAUGCCCAAGGGCCACGAGCUCUUCAUUCCUCUCAAUGUGAUCCAGCUCUCGAAGGACCUGUGGGGUGAGGAUGCGCAAGACUUUAACCCUGACCGCUGGGACAACCUGCCCAAGAGUGUCAUUGACGCCAAGCUGCCGCCGGGUCAGCUGUUUGCUUUCCUUGCUGGUCCCCGCUCGUGUGUCGGCAAGCAGACGGCCAUCCUUGAGACGCUGGUUCUGUUGGCACACUUGCUACUUCACUUCCGCUUCGAUGUGGUGCCUGACUGGACGCUUGUGCAGCGUCAGCAGAUUGUCCGGCGUGCCUUUGUCGAGGGCCAGUGGCCGGAAGGUAUCCGCAUGCCGCUGAUUCUGACGCCACUCAACUAA